AUUUGCAGCGCAGGCAGCCUCGCGAGCGGCCGCGGCGCGCCAGCCGGAGCGGGCAGCACCAUGGAGCUGAAGAAGGACAGCAACGCCGUGUCCAUCGACAUGCUGCUGAUCGUGCACUCGGAGAAGCGGCGCGCCGCACAGGGCGCGCACUCGGACCGACAGACGGACCCGGGCGCGCCGCCGCAGCGCAGAGGAGGACUCCAAGGCAUCGGAAACGGAAUCCGGAGAUGGCAGAAAUUAGAAGGAAGUGACCUACAUGGAAACCUGGUGGAGAAGCAGCACCUUCAGCAGACCCAGGUCAUCACUUCCUAUGACAACCAAGGGACACAGCUGACUGUGGAGGUCCACCCUCGAGAUGCCAUGCCCCAGCUGCUCAAGAAGUUCUCCUUGGCUAAACGUUUACAAGGUGAUAAAAAUGGAAACACAAGACCCCGGCAGCCUGGAGGGAAAGAUGCCCAUGCCUACCCCUGGGAUCGCUCCAGCCUGAAAUCCAUGCCCCUGGACCUGCGGCAGUUUGAGAAACUGGACGCCUAUGCCUCACAGGUGAUGGUCAAGAGCGGCCUGGAUGAGCUGGUGAGUGACCUGCUCCAGGAGGCCCACAGUGACCUGGAGAGGGUCCGCGCCAUCUGGAUCUGGAUCUGCCACCACAUAGAGUAUGACAUUGAGGCCGCCCAGGAGAAGGACCGCCAGGCCUUCAAACCCACCACCAUCCUGCAGACCCAGAAGACCAACUGUGACGGCUACGCUGGGCUCUUUGAGAGAAUGUGCAGGAUCGCUGGAGUGCAGUGUAUGACUGUGCCUGGCUACUCCAAGGGCUUUGGCUACCAGCCAGGGCAGAGCUUCUCUGGGGAGUUUGACCACGCCUGGAAUGCCGUGUACCUGGAGGGGAGAUGGCACCUGGUGGACAGCACCUGGGGCAGUGGCCUGGUGGAUUCCGCCACCUCCAAGUUCACCUUCCUCUACAAUGAAUUCUACUUCCUCACCCAUCCUGCUCUGUUCAUCGAGGACCAUUUCCCAGACAACAAGAACUGGCAACUGCUCAAACCUCCUCAAUCCCUGAGGCAGUUUGAAAACAACAUGUAUCACAAGAGCGAAUUCUACAACAAGGGGAUGCUGAGUGCCCAACCGGAGACCUCCAUCAUCAAGACAGUGAACGGGAAGGCCACGGUCACCAUCGAGAGCUGUGCCCCAACGCUAUUCAUGUUUAUGCUCAACGGCAAGCAGGAGCACGGGCUGCUGAGCCUCAGGAAGAACGGGAUGAAGCUGGAAGUGUACCCUCCAACCGUGGGCACCCACAAGCUGCAGAUCUUUGCCAAAGGCAACUCGGAGAUCUACAGCUCGGUGCUGGAGUACACGCUCAAGUGCCACUAUGCAGACAUCGACGUCCGGCUGCCCGCUGAGCUGCACCAGCCCGUGGGCCCCAGCUGGUUCUCGGAGCAGAUGGGCAUCACGAAACCAUCCCACCCCGAGCCCGUCAUCUACACCAGUGAUGGGCGCUGCUCCAUCAGCUUCGGCGUGGAGGAGGGCAUCAGUGUCCUGGCGUCGCUUCAUGGGGACGACGGCCCCAUCACUGAAGAGACGCAGCGACGCUACAUCUUCCAGCUGCACCGGGAGAAGCACACGGAGCUGAAAGUCCAGCUGCCCCACGCUGGCAAGUUCGCCCUCAAGAUCUUCGUCAAGAAGAGGCAGGAACCGGGCAACUACAUCUUCGUCUUCAAUUACCUCCUGUGCUGCACCAACACGAAGGUGAACUGGCCCGUGUUCCCUGAGAGCUUCGGCAACUGGGGGCAGGACAAUGAGCUGCUGGAGCCCCUAUCAGGCGUGCUUCCUGCCAACCGCAACGUCCCGUUCAAGCUGAAGCUGCACGGUGUCGCCAAAGCUCUGGUGAAGGGACAGGACACGUGGCCGCUGACCCUAAACCACGAGGGCUACUGGGAGGGCAGCUGCAGCACGGCCGGCUGCCAGGAGGUCUACGUCAUGGUGCUGGAGAAUGCCAACCACAAUUUCUACUCCUACAUCCUGAAGUACAAGGUGAACGACACCCAGUGAGAGCCUGGCCCAGGGCAGCACACAGAGCCCCGGACACACCACUGAGUCUGCAUGGAAUCCCUUCUGGGCCUCUGCCUCCGUCUCCCUGUUCUGCCGCGGAAGCUGCGAUAUUUGUGUUCUGGUGGCUGAGGCGACAGAGGCAAAGGCCCUUUAGAAGACAAAGGUGCUAUGUAAAUCCAAGGUAUUGUCAACUCUACACCACUGCCCAGAUGCCCCCUUCUCAUGCUGAUGCUGUUGUUGUUCUAGGGCCGGUGGGAAAGCAAGGACACUGCCCGGGCUGAAAGCUUUUCCCUGCAAUGGGGAGAGAGGAGAGGGCAUGCUCUGGGAGGCUGCGUUAUCCUGAAUCCUAGAGCCCCUUUCAAGGAGCAUCACUGUGUUUCUCCCAGACGCCGGAGCGGAGGUUGGACAAUCAUCUUUUUUCCCAGACCUGACCGUCUUCCGCAUUCCUGCGGCUGCAUCUUUCUCUUCCAGGGCCCGAGAAGGAAGGUGUGGGAGAGGAAGCAGACCAUCCACAACCCCUGUAUAUGCCAGGAAUGUGGCAACAGGAAAGUUAUGGGAGAUGCCAAGGCAGCCAGUGCCUGCUCUUGGGUGUCCUGGGUGGGAGGCAGAGGACAAAGAACACUUUGCCCUCCUGCCGUCUGAGUCUAAGGGUCUAGGCCUCUGCUCUCAGAGGGAUUAAUUCGGUCCAAUCCGUCUAACUGGCUCCUCCAGGCCCUCUCAGAGCCUGUGCCUUAGGCCCACCCUGCACCUUCCCCAGGGAGCCUUAGGAGGCUACUGGGCCCUUGGGGAGCCCUGGUGAUAACCCUAAACAAAGACCAAGACAGAGAGGUCAGGUGAGGGAGUGAUGAGAAUGCUGCCAGGCCCCACUCCCCGGCCCCCAGAUUCCUACCACCAAAGCCACACCUGGGAGGACUUUGACCUGCCUGGGAGUGGUUUCUGUGCUUGUCCCUUCCAUCCCUUCUCAGACAAAAGAGACCCCCAGGGCCCUCCCUCUGUAGGGAUGUUCAGAGCCCCUUGUCUGCUCAGGCCUGAGAAGGCUUGGCUGCCCAGCUGGCCCUUAGCAGCAUCUCCGGCCAGCGUUGCCAUGGCAACAGUGGACCGUCUGGCUCCAGU